UGGGACACGUUUGUGGAGAGUGUAAAGUGUUGUGUUGUUCUUGGCCUGACAGCGAGCGCUCGGGGGAUCGGUUCGUGUUUUUUCUGCGGUGAGUCUCAGAAAGACUCGGGGAAUAAUGUGAUUUUUAGUUUGUAUUAUUUGUAACACAGAGACAAAGAUCAGAAAAUACAACAAGAAAUAAAACUGUGAACUCCAGAAGUGCACACACAUCUAUCUGUGAAACGACAAAAAAAAAUUUACUGUAGGAGACAGAAUUCCAGAUUUGAAAUGAUCCAGAUGAUUCUAGUGAAGUUGGAAUAUGAAAACAAAACUCGACUCCAGAGAUGGAGUCCAUCGAGGAGGGGGCCCUCGGCGUGGGGGGCUCUGUGGGAGAGGAGAACUACUUCCUGGGCUACACCUUCACAGAUCGCUCCCACUCCAGCCGCGUGGUGAAGAACAUCAUGGACCUGUGUCUGGAGGACGGUCUGUUUGCCGACGUCACCAUCGUGGUGGACGGGAAACAGUUCCACCUGCACCGCCUCGUCCUGUCGGCCCAGAGCAGCUUCUUCAGGUCCAUGUUCACGUCGAACCUCCGGGAGUCGCACGACCGCACCAUCGAGCUGAAGGACGUGAGCUCCUCCGUGUUCCAGCUGCUCGUGGACUACAUCUACCACGGCACCAUCAGGCUGAGGGUGGAGGACCUGCAGGACACGUACGAGAUGGCCGACAUGUACCAGCUCACGGCUCUGUUCGAGGAGUGCUCCCGCUUCCUGUCCAGAACCGUGGAGGUCAAGAACUGUCUCCAGGUGAUGUGGCUCGCCGACCGUCACAGUGACCAGGAGCUCUACACGGCGGCAAAACACUGCGCCAAGAUCCACCUGGUCCAACUGCACCAGACCGAGGAGUUCGCCAAUCUGCCCUUCUGCCUCCUCCUGGACAUCAUCAAAGACGGAGUCCCCAGCUCCCAGAAUCCCACAGUCGCCAUCGAGUCGUGGAUUAACCACAACAAAGUGGAGAGAGAGGAGUUCUCUUCUGUUCUGAGAGAAAACCUGAAGGAGAUCGGGGAGAACGUGCACAUUUACCUGAUCGGUAAAGAGGAGACCCGGACUCACUCUCUGGCCGUGUCUCUUCACUGCGACGAGGACGACGCCAUCAGCGUGAGCGGCCAGAACAGCCUGUGUCACCAGAUCACGGCGGCGUGCAAACACGGCGCCGACCUGUACGUGGUGGGCGGGUCCAUCCCCCGCCGCAUGUGGAAGUGUAACAUGCACACGAUGGACUGGGAGCGCUGUGCCCCUCUGCCCCGAGACCGACUGCACCACACCAUGGUGUCUGUGCACAACCACGACGUCAUCUACUCUCUGGGAGGGAAGACGCUGCAGGACACGCUGUCCAACGCCGUCAUCUACUACACGGUCAAAGACAACAUGUGGACAGAGACCGGCUCCCUGGACACCGCCGUGUCCGGCUCGGCGGGCGUCAACCUAGGGGGCACCAUCUACCUGCUGGGAGGAGAGGAGAACGACAUGGACUUUUUCACCAAACCUUCUCGUCUGAUCCAGUGUUUCGACACGGCGGCUCAGAAGUGUCACAUUAAAGCGUACGUGCUGCCGUUCGCGGGCUGCAUGCACGCCGCCGUGCACAUGGACGUCAUCUUCAUCGUGGCCGAGGGAGACUCUCUGGUCUGUUAUAAUCCGCUCUUAGAAAGCUUCACCCGCCUGCGCUUCCCGGAGGUGUGGAGCUGCGUGCCGUCGCUGUGGAAGGUGGCCAGCUGUAACGGCUGCAUUUACGUGUUCAGGGACAAGUGUAAGAAAGGAGACGCCAACACGCUCAAGUUCAACCCGGCCACGUCCGUCGUCACCGUCAUCAGAGGAAUCAAAAUCCUGCUCACAAACUGGCAGUUCGUCCUGGCCUGAGGUCCCUGUGACGGACGCGCGGGUCACAUGACGCAGGGCCCUGUUUACUCAGCUGGUGUCCCCCCUGCCCCCCCCUCCCCCGGAACAACCCCCCCUCCCCUGCUCAUCUCCCCCUCCCCCG